CGAACCGACACAGACGCCCCUUGUAGCUACAUAGAAACAACUUGUUGGUUUUAGGAUGUUUGUCUGGUUUUGUUUUCUAGUUUGUGCUUCCUUCACCGGCUGGUUGGUGACCGUCGGACAAUUUAUGACCGGCGAGCCGCACUCAGUUCCGGUCAACAACAGUCAGGUUCUGACGGCAGCUCGGUUCGCUGUGGUUGAAUUCAACAAAGCCAACACACAAGAGCGGUUUGCCUACAAAAUUAUGAACAUUACAUCAGCCAAAAUGCAGAUAGUCGCGGGGAUAAACUACAUCCUGGAGGUGAGGCUGGGACGAACAGUGUGCAAGAGAAACGACACUGCUGACAGUGAGCCCUGUGCUCUUCACCCUGAACCCAAGGAGCGCCUGUGUCACUUCAUCGUUACAGACGUCCCGUGGGAGAAUUCACGUGUUCUUACUCGGAAUGAGUGUCACCCAAAUAAAAACUAACACCCUGAUGUGCUGCCAAGUGAA